AUGGCCGCCGAAAAGGUCUCUCUGUAUAACCUGGCAGACCUCAAGAACACAGCCGACGAUGCGAUCCCCAACUACCUCAAUUCCCUAAAGUUCAAGCAGACACACUUCCUCAGCGAUGUACGGCUAGUGCUGGGAUACAGCGCCUUUCUCGUAUCCGCCGCUUGCUUUGCGUGGGACUACAAGCUCGGCUUUGAGAGCACCAAGACGUACACAGCAAUCGCCGUGGCUGUCUACACCCUGCUGAACGGCCUCUUGACGUUCUGGAUGAUGUUUGUAGAGAAGGGCGUUGUCUAUCAGGGCGUUGCGCCAUCAGGAGACAAGAUUACAGUAGCCACCUCGACGAAGAAGCUGGAUCCCACGUACCGACUCAGCAUCACCGUCACGGACAAAUCCGCCAAGUCGCGCAUCAUUGAGAUUGCCAAGCCGUUUGCCUCCUUCUUCGACGAGAGCGGCUACUUCGUGGCUGCUCCUUUCCAGCAGAUUCUCGCCACGGCCGUUCCCAUUGUCGGCAAGCUGGACCCCAAGCGCAUCAAGUCGGAGUCUCAAGACAUGCUGAAUGCGAGCCCCGAGAUUUUGGAUGCGAUUCUGGCGGCGAACAACGCGGCUGCAGCAUCUACAGGGGCGGAAGCGGCGGAAGGUGGGAAGCGACGAAAGGCGUGA